AUGGCAGGCCCCCGGCACCCCAUUUCAGUGCGCGCGGAGGCCCUAGUGCAGAUUAAGCAGCUCCAGACCUUUGCCUUCUCAGUGCACUGGUCAGACGGGAGUGACACUUUCAUGCACAGAAGCUGGGACGAAUUCAGGCAGCUCCAGAAGACCCUCAAAGAGACCUUCCCAGUGGAGGCUGGCCUGCUGCGGAGAUCUGACCGCGUUCUCCCCAAGCUUCCUGGUCAGGCCAGCCAGGAUGCACCACUGUUGGCACGCCGAGGACGCAUGGGCCGAGGCCUGGCCCGCCUGCGGCUGCUGGAGACCUAUUCACGAACGCUGCUGGCGACUGCAGAGCGUGUGGUGCAGAGCCCGGCGCUCACUGGCUUCUUUGCACCACAACGCCUCGACCUGGAGCCUGAAUUGCCACCGGGCAGCCUGGUGAUCCUGCCCGUCCCGGAAGAGCCACUAUCCUGCCCUGCCAGCAGCCUUGCCAUCCACAGCCUGGAGACUCAGAGCCUGCGCUGCCUGCAGCCCUUCAGCACCCAGGACACGCGGGGCAGGUCUUUCCACGUGCAGGCCCAGGAAAGCCUGGACGUGCUGCUGCGACACCCCUCAGGCUGGUGGUUGGUGGAGAACAAGGACCAACAGAUGGCCUGGUUUCCAGCUCCCUACUUGGAGGAGGUGGCCCUAGGCCAGGGCCCAGAGCCGGGGCUGUCCAUGCAGAGCAGCGGUCCCCAGUUCUGUGCUUCCCGCGCCUACGAGAGCAGCCGCGCAGAUGAACUGUCAGUGCCCGCGGGGGCGCGCGUGCAUGUGCUGGAAACGUCCGACCGGGGCUGGUGGCUGUGCAGGUACGGCGGCCGUGCGGGCCUCCUCCCCGCAGUGCUGCUGCGGCCGGAAGGGCUGGGCGCGCUCCUCCGUGGGCCCGGGUUCCGUGGUGGGGAGGACGGAGCCAGUGAGGCUCGCGGCUCCCCCGACGCCCUCCAGGCCAAGACCCCUGCCCCUACCGUGCCUGCCCGACCCCCGCUGAGUGCCAUCCAGAGGCGCUGCUGCACCAUCACCCGCAGGGCACUGGGGCGGCACCUAGGGCCCCAGGGCCCCCCUUGAGGAAUGU